ACCUACUCCACUUCAUAUACUCAUUUUUUACCUCAUCUACAAGAAAAGAAUUCCCUUUCUCUUCCAUCUAUAUUAAACUCUCUUGACAAGAAUUAAAUCCCCAACAACAAACACCAACAUUCUUUUCUCCCAAUUGCCAUGCAACAAAAUCCUGGUUUAAUUCCCUUAGGUUUUCCCCUCACCAAACAAUCGCAAGACAAAUUAGUAUACUCAGAAAUGAGAGCGUGCGGUGGCUACUUCUCCUCCCAGCAGUCUCUCACGGCAGAGGCGGCCGGGGUGGUCAAGCAGGCAGUGGUGCUGGCGAAGCGGCGCGGCCAUGCCCAGGUCACGCCGCUCCACGUAGCCACCACCAUGCUGGCCGCCCCCGGCGGCCUUUUUCGUGUGGCGUGCCAAGACUCCCUCUCCCACCCCCUUCAGUGCAAAGCCCUAGAGUUAUGCUUCAACGUAGCCCUCAACCGCCUCCCGGCCUCCGCCUCCCAAAACCCUUCCAUCUCCAACGCCCUCGUGGCCGCCUUCAAGCGGGCCCAGGCCCACCAGCGACGCGGCACCACAGACAGCCAGCCCCAGCAGCCCCUAGUGAAGAUCCAGUUCAACCACCUCGUCGUCUCCAUCCUCGAUGACCCAAGCGUCAGCCGCGUCAUGAGAGAAGCCGGCUUCUCCAGCACACAAGUCAAGAUCAACGUAGAGAAAUCCAUCUCCCCUCUCUCUCCCAAAUCAAAAUUACAAACCCCAACCCUAACCCUCUCCUCUUCGUCAUCGUCAUUACUGUCAUCGUCGUCAUCAUCAUCAUCAUCUCCACCACCAUCAUCUGAAGAUGUGGAUGUCAUAAUCGAAACCCUAAUUAAAAAACACAAAAGGAGCGUGGCCUUAGUAGGGGAGAGCACAGCCGCCUUAUCCGCAACGGUAAAAGCCCUAAUCCACAAAAUUGAGAGAGGGGAGGCGGCGGAGCCACUCAGAGAGGUGAAGGUCGUAACCAUCCCGCCUCUCUACAACCUCCGCGGGGACGAGGUGGAGAUGAAGAUGAGCGAGAUCACGCGACUCGUGCAGAGCCUUCUCCGGAGAGGGGUGGUGCUCUAUUUAGGAGAUCUCAGUGAAUAUCUAGAGAAAGAAGGAAGCUACAACAUGAUCAUGGAGAUAGGGAGGUUGGUUUGGGGGAUUGGGGAGAUGGAGAGGUUUUGGGUGAUGGGAAUCGCCACAUUCCAGACUUACAUGAGGUGUAGAGAUGGCUACAAUUCUCUCCAAAGUGUUUGGGGGCUUUACCCUCUCACCAUUCCUCUUGAUACCUUGGCCUUUACCCUUGUCUCCCAAAGUGAUGAAAGGAGUGGAGGUGGAGAGGAUGGAGAGAUGGAGCUUUCGUGCUGCGUGGAAUGUCGGGAGAAAUUUCGUGUCGAAGCAAGGGAUUUGCGGGCGAGUGGUAACGAGCAAGCCUUGUCGAGAUUGCCUUCUUGGCUUAAAGAAGAAAGUAGAAGACUUAAUGACAAAGACAAGAAAUGUGAGACCAUGAGGGAGCUACGCAUGAAAUGGAACUCAUUCUGCAGCUCAACGCACAACCAACCUUCAUCAUCGUCACCAUUCUCAUCCGAGGACGUCAUGGAAACAGACGUCCCGCAAAAAUUCAAAGAAUUCAACGCAGAAAAUUUGAAUCUCCUCUGCAACACACUAGUGGAGAAAGUCCCGUCGCACAAACAAAUCAUCCCUGAAAUUGCGGGGACAAUCCUUCAGUGCAGGUCCGGAAUGCUAAAGAGGAAAACCCAGAGCAACAACGACAUCAUCAAAGAAGACACGUGGCUCCUUUUCCUUGGCCCGGACAAGAACCAGGCCAAGGAGAAGAUCGCGAGAGAGCUGGCUAGGAUCGUUUUCGGAUCCUAUUCGAGCUUCGCGUCGAUUGGGGUGAGCGGGAGCUGCAUCAACCGGUUUGAGGCGGCGGUGGAGGCAGAUCCUCGCCGUGUUUUCUUGGUGGAGGAUUUGGAGAAGGCGGACUACGGCUCGAGGAUGGGGAUCAAGAGGGCGAUGGAGAAGGGGAGGAUCGGAGAGGAGGUUGGGCUCGGCGACGCCAUUGUUGUGUUGAGCUGCGGAGGUUUUGGUGGUGAUCGGAGAAAGGAGGCGGGCGGAGGCGGCGGUGGUGGGGAGAUUUUGGAUUUGAAUAUGUCGUGUGAAGAAGAAGAUGGAUGUGUGGAUGAUUUGGGAAUUUUUGAAAGUGUGGAUACAAGGGUUGUGUUUGAGCUUUAGAUUUUGUGGGGAUAGUUUUUUUUUUGGUAGAAAGGAAAAUGAAUUCAUUUUCUAUGUAAGUUGGGUUGGAUUUAAAUUUAAUUGGGUA